GGGGCAUCGCGUUGCCUCGGAAGGUCGUCAAAGCCGGUCAGUGGGCGCGCGCGCGCGCGCGGAGGUGCUGCAAGGACGACAAUCCCACCCUUGCGGUCAGCGCGUGAUAUCGUUGAAGAGAACAUAAAAAACCUCCUGAAAUCAGACAGCGACGAAACCUGGUCCUCAGUAAUACUCCUGCGGGUGCAAGUGCAUGUGAUCAUAAAGCGUACGGAGCCUGGACCUGUGGAAGAACCUGCAGUAUGUGUGAUGAAGCCAAGAGAGCAGAGCCUAGGGCCAACGGGAAGCAAUGCUCAUGGGCAUCUUACAUGACCAACUCACCAACUCUGAUUGUCAUGAUCGGCCUCCCUGCCCGAGGCAAGACCUACAUGUCAAAGAAGCUCACGCGUUAUCUUAACUGGAUCGGCGUUCCGACUAAAGUAUUUAAUCUGGGGGUCUACAGAAGAGAGGCAGUGAAAGCAUACAAGUCCUAUGAUUUUUUUAGACAUGACAACGAAGAGGCCAUGAAAAUAAGGAAGAAGUGUGCAUUGGUAGCACUGCAAGAUGUGAAGGCUUAUCUAAACGAAGAAGGAGGACAAAUUGCAGUAUUUGAUGCUACCAAUACAACCCGAGAGAGGCGUGAUCUCAUCCUGAGUUUUGUAAAGGAGAAUGCGUACAAGGUCUUUUUUGUUGAAUCCGUCUGCGAUGACCCGGAUGUUAUCGCUGCGAAUAUUUUGGAAGUGAAGGUGUCUAGUCCAGAUUACCCAGAAAGUCACAGAGAACGAGUCAUGGACGACUUCCUGAAACGUAUCGAGUGCUACAAAGUCACUUACCAACCCCUGGAUCCGGAUGAUUAUGACAAAGAUCUGUCCUUCAUUAAAGUAAUGAACGUAGGCCGUCGUUUCCUGGUGAAUCGCAUACAGGACUACAUCCAGAGCAAGAUCGUCUACUACCUCAUGAACAUCCGUGUGCACUCCCACUGUAUCUACCUGUGCCGGCAUGGCGAGAGUGACCACAACAUUCAGGGCCGCAUCGGGGGCGACUCCGAGCUCUCACCCCGUGGCAAGCAGUUUGCGAAAUCUCUGCGUGGGUUUAUCGAGGAGCAUGGCUUGUCAGAUCUGAAAGUCUGGACCAGCCAACUGAGAAGAUCCAUUCAGACGGCUGAGGCUCUGGGAGUGCCGUAUGAACAGUGGAAGAUCCUGAAUGAGAUUGAUGCGGGUGUGUGUGAGGAGAUGACCUACGAGAUGAUUCAAAACUCGUUCCCGGAAGAGUUUGCACUUCGAGACCAGGACAAGUAUCAUUACAGAUACCCAGGAGGAGAGUCGUAUCAGGAUCUGGUCCAGCGUCUGGAGCCGGUGAUUAUGGAACUAGAGAGACAGGGAAAUGUUCUGGUCAUCUGCCACCAAGCUGUCAUGAGAUGCCUUUUGGCUUAUUUUCUGGACAAGAACGCAGAUGAUCUCCCGUAUUUAAAGUGUCCCCUACACACCGUUCUGAAACUCACCCCUGUUGCUUACGGCUGCAAAGUGGAAUUCUUUAAUCUGAAUGUGGAGGCUGUGAACACACACCGAGACAGACCAUUAGGGCAAGCUCGGAGGACUCCGGCCCCCCUCCUGCUUCGGCGGAAUAGUUACACCCCUCUGUCCAGUCUGGACCAGGUCAAACGUCCGCGUCUGUACAGCGCCGGAAACCGGCCCUGGCUGCCGCUCGCGCCCUCCCCCUCAGCCCUGCACUUCUCUGAUACUCCUGAAGGGGCGCUGCUGCACAGCCAACUUCGAGUAUCAGGCAGUUUCCUGAAUCCUUGUGUGAAGGAAUCGUCUUUGAAAGCGCAGAAGACGGCGAUGACAGUUUCCGCUUCUGAGUAGUCUCGGACCCUCGGACAAACCUCGAGUCGACGCACAGCUUCGGUCUAGCACCAUGUAUAUAAGCACUAUAUAAAUCCUGCUUUAUUGAUGACUGCACUAGAUUCACCGUUAACCCACUACACUACGUUCGAGAGCGCCUGAUGUUUUGCAUGUGCACUUUGAAAAAGUUGCACAUUUAGAAGCCAAGCUAUAACGCUCCUCAGUUAGCAUGUGUAGGAGCUCGCAAUCUGAUAUUUCCAACAAGGAUGUGAUCAUUUAGCCAUGAAUAAGUGGUCAAAGGCCACAUGUGAUUAUUUAUGUUAAAAUUUUUGGAAUUUAAAACUGGGUGUAUGUCUUUCCUGUGGGUGUUCCAAUUUUUUAUUAGAUUUUUUUUUUUUCUUUCUACUUAAUUUAGAUUUCUUUCUGGAAUGAAACAAUAGACUUUUAACCAAAGAUGUUCUAUAAUGAUAUAUUGAGAAAUGUUAAAUAAGUCAUAUGGUGAUCGCAUGAUUGAGGGUGGUGUUUAUCUGAUUGAUCUGUUUUUCAAAAUGGCAUUUAUUUAUUUAUUUUAGUCUUCAUGACACUGAAUUAAAGAAAGGCAACACAUUUUUUUUUAUUUUUUAUCUGCAUUAUAGAAUAACUUAAAUGAUUGAAUUAGCAAACACACAGAAAGGAUGCCUGGAAGGCAUGUUAAUGACAAAUAGGAACAUUAAGAACCUUUUUUUAAUUAAGAAUUGACUUUGUCAGUAAAUCAAAGAGGCGUUUUCACUCCUCAUACAAUAUCAAUAAAAAUAAAGAAGAAAUGAAAAAACUUAUAAUGAUAGAAAAUAUAGCUGAUGUAUAGUGAAAUAACUUCUGGAAUAUAUUGGAAUAACAUCCAAGAAUGUUCUUUUAAUGAUUAGAUUAUUGUGUAAUUUUAUGACUUCUAAUGAAUGGCAUAUGUAAAAAGGUGUAUCAUUUGUAUAAGCUAUAAAACUAGCUAUAGCUGGCUGCAACAAGAAAGAAGUGCUGUAGAUCAAGUUAUGUAUCUGUACAUGCACAUAGUAUGUAGAGAGGGACACAUUACCUCUGUUUAACAUCUCGUUUGUCUUUAAUAUCUGCCAUAAAUGUCACCUCAAGCAUGAAAUCACAUAUUUCUGUGAUCUCGCUUACAAUCUGUCUCUCUUUAAUGCUGAAAAUUCAGGCUUUAAAUGAAGAGAGAUUUUUAUACAGCUCCAAAUCCAAAGCACACACAAAUAGUUCUCUCAAACUGGAUUCAUUAAUUUAUAUCGAGGAUGCAGUCAUGAGAUAUUAUUAUUAUAAUUAUUAUUUUUUUAUUUCAUUUGUUUUAUCUUUUGUUUUACAGGCAUGUCUUUGCAGAAAUGGGAUUAAGAUAGGAAAUCAGCUGGGCCUUGUGGUCAUGUAGUUCUACCUUUAUUUAUACAUUAAUGUCUAGUGUAGAUAUAUUAUUGUAAGUCGGCUGCAUGUAUCGUUUUCCGUGUACUGUAAAAUAUGUUUGAGUUGUUGCACAAAACACAAUGGUGCUCAGUGCCAAAGCGGAAGAAAAACAAAAAGUCCCAACAAUCCUAUCCUCAUCCUCACACAAAGCGUCAGUAUAAAAUCUUGUUAAUUUGUUGUUUAAAAAUAAAUUGUGUAUGUUUUCUGUCCUUUCUGCCAUUCAGUUGUUUGCUCUUUAUGUCCAAUAAAAGGUUUAGGUCUGCA